UUUAUGUGUUUUUCAUUUAGUUCCAGUCAAUCAUAAAUACGUUACAUAGCACAGUUAUUUAUUUAUAAAGACUAUACGUUACAGUUACCACUACAAGGACAAGACAUGAAUUACACAAUUAUUUCCUCCGCUAAUUAUUAGUUUGACGAGUUUAUCGGGUGAAUGUUGAAAACUUAAACACUGAAAAAGCGGUAGUGUUGCUGCAGUGAUUAGCUAGCUAGCUGGCUAGGAGCUAGUUCUUAAUCAGGAACAGCAAAGAUGAUGAAAACGCCCCAAAAAGGAGCAAAGUCUGGUUCUAAUCAGCUUGACUUCGCCCAGCUGCGUGGCUCCAGUCAGGCAACAGGUGAAGUCAUGUCGCCUCGCUUCCUUUUGCACAUUUAAAUGACGACUGGCCGCCAAACGGAGACGUCCGACGGCGGCUGCUAGCAGUGAGCGCCAGACUCGGUUCAUAAUCCUUACGAUUUUGACGGUGACUCCUGUCUUUGGCAACAUUGCACCGUACAACUGUUGAGUGUGUGACGGCGUUCAACUCAACAGAGCCUUGGGGUCCAUUCGGCGUGGGUUAUUUCCACCACCGUCUUAUAAAAGGCUUGCUGUCAAAUGUCCCACACUGAUGUGACAAGUGAACGUCUCACCAGUGAGUGCUGAGGUUGCCUUGCUGUGAGUGGGGAUUGACUCCGCCCUCUUCUUCAUCCUUCCUGUCUGAGUGAACCAUGAAUCCUUCGCUCUCAGAUUCGACUGAUGGUGGAUCGCUGCCAUAUUCGGCCCCCGAGCCCCGUGGAGACCCCCGACCCUGCGCCCAUUCUCUGCCCUGCUCUCUCCCCUGGCCUCCUGACUUAAAUCUGACCUUGCAGGCUUCGCCCACGCUCCCCGCCGUGCCUGUGACGUCUCUGGACCUGCGCCCGUCGCCCCUCCCGUGCGCGUGCGGCGAGGAGGAGGCGGAGCUGGAGUGCUCGGUGUGCUACAGCCAGUUCAACAACGUGUUCCGCUGUCCCAAGGUGCUGGCGUGCAGACACACCUUCUGUCUGGAGUGUCUGGCCCGCAUCAACAUCAAAUCCGUGCAGCCCGCCGCCAUCCAGUGCCCGCUGUGCCGCCGCCUCACGCCGCUGCCCGCCCUCGGCCUGCCCAAGUUGGCCACCGACUCCAGCGUGUUGGCAUCGCUGCCGGCCGCCAUGCAGCGUGUUUACAGCGUCCGCUUCCAGCGCAGCAAGGGCAAACUGCAGGUCAAAAGGUUGUCUGAGGGUCAGCCACGCUGGGGUCAGAGGUCGCUGGCUGUCAACCACUCCCUGCACGUGGGGCUGCCCAGCCCGCCCAUCCGGAGCGGCAGCCAGGCGGGUGGCGGUGUGGGCGGGGUUCUCUUUAGGCUGACGGGCCGGCCUCUGUGCCGCGCCCUCCUGCUGACGCUGGUGCUGAUGAUGACCGUGGUGCUGACUGGCAUCGUCGUCUUCUUCCUCACCUACAGCGCCGACACGCUCUAGCCCCGCCCAGGAAAAAACAGCUAAACGGGGACUUGUUAAGAAAGGUUAAAGGUUACGAUGGGGCC